AUGAUCGGUGUGUUCCUGUCCAGUAUGUCUAUCAUGGAGGGAAGUGAUCCCAAGGACAAACUGCAGCGAACGUACUGGGAGGCACUGCGAACGAACUGGACUAUUUGGCCUGUUUUGCAGGGCUUGAACUUGUCUCUUGUCCCGUUGCAGUAUCGAGUGCUGAGUGUGAAUGUAUUCAAUAUCGGUUGGAAUUGCUUCUUGAGCUUUUUGAAUGGCGCAGAUGAUAAAGAACAACCUCCCGUUGUUUAG